AUGGCUACCCUCCAAGUGCGUGGUGUUGGCGUCUCGGCCACCAAACAAAAAGCCUUGGAAGAUGCAAAGAAGAUGCAGAUGCAUAUCGUGGAGGAGAGCAACAAAGCUGGAAAGGAGCCACCGCCCUAUCAGCUACUCGAACUCAUCGGCAAGGGCAGCUAUGGUCGGGUUUACACAGCAAACGACAUCAAAAACAGUAGAGUUGUUGCCGUCAAGAUGAUCGAUAUCGAAGAGGCCGACACGCUCAACCCCAAGUUUGGAGACACUUACACAGAGAUCAUGAACGAAAUAAACGCCCUGAAGUUACUCAGCGAGGGUGGCGCCAAAAACAUCAACCAGGUUUUUGAGGCCUUGCCCGUCCAACAAUCCAUGUGGAUCAUCACAGAGUAUUGCGCAGGUGGAAGUGUGUCAACCUUGUUGCAGCCUACCGCUCCCAAUGGUCUCCAGGAGAAAUGGAUUAUACCAAUUCUUCGAGAGGUCGCCGAGGCUAUAUUCUGGGUGCACAGGCAAGGCAUUAUUCAUCGAGAUAUCAAAUGCGCCAACGUCCUUAUCACCGAAGCUGGCGGUGUCCAACUCUGUGAUUUUGGCGUUGCCGGUGUUAUUGAGAACAAGUUCGACAAGCGGACUACUGUUAUCGGCACACCCAACUGGAUGGCGCCCGAGUUGUUUGACGGGUCGAAUUCAUACGGUACAGAGGUUGACAUCUGGGCUUUUGGCUCCCUAGUCUUCGAGAUCGCAUCAGGUCUACCGCCGAAUGCACUUUCGGGUAUGCCAUUCCAUCAGCUCGGCAGCUUUGUUAAAAAGCAGAGUCCUAGGUUGGAGGGAGACCAGUACUCAGAUCAGCUCAAGGACCUCGUUGCCUAUUGCUUGGUCGAUGAUCCUACGCAAAGGCCACCAAUCGAGUCUAUACAACAGCACCCCUAUAUUGCCAACACCGACACCAUGUACCCGACAUCCUCACUGGCGCUUCUUGUAAGAGCUUACAGACUUUGGGAAUCGCAAGGUGGAUCGAGGAAAUCCCUUUUCAAUCCCGGGGGUGCCCAAGGGCUUUCUGCAAAUGAUCUUUCAUCAACAGCUUUGGCAGAGGACGAAUGGAAUUUCAGUACAACCAUGGCGUUUGACCAGCGCGUGUUUGGUGACUCUGACAGCAAUCAGGCAGUAUAUGACGUUUAUGGGACAAACGUUGAGCUACCUCAGCAGUUUAAUGACGAAACAACGCGUCCUUCAAAAACCAAGGGUCGACGCCGGCCUCCACCCCAUCUUCCUGCUCUCAAGGCUCCUUUGGAAAAAGUGUUUGAUCCCAACACAAUAUCGAAUUAUGAAGACAAUUCAAGAAUGUACUAUGGCAGGCCAAUGCCUCCUCCUGCUGCAGCACCGGCACCAGCACCGGCAGGUUCUGACUUGCCGUUAAGAGACGACUCUCUGCACCUGACGGUGCGCGAAUCUUUGAUCGACUUGGAUGCUUCACUAGAUGGAAGCGACUUGUCACAAUUUGCCGACAUGGAAACCAUCAGGGCCCCGGGUGGACAUAAAUCUAUUGACUUUGGGUACGAUGACAGCUCGGACUUCAACAAAGCACCGCUCAGUGACCCGGCAGACCUCAGCAACAACAGGCGGACCCAGGACUGGAAGUUCCCCUCCAUGACAUCUGCGCCGCUUUCUGCGAAUCCCGAAAUGUCACACUUCUCUUUCAACGAACACUCGUUCAAUGAGCUGGUCUAUGAUGAUGAACCUGAAACCCCCGAACCAUCUUUCAGUCGCCCGGCCUUGGUUCACCACCCAACGGACCCUGUCAGCCUUCAGUCGCAAAGCUACAAUGAUUUGUGCGUGCCGCGCAUGCCAGACAACCGCGCGUCCAUGAGCAGUCUCAUCGAUCUGGACGAGAGUCUACCUGACAGCAUACCCGAAUUGAUGCGACCAUCGACAGCCAACUCGGACGUGGCGUCUGUCACGGGAUCGGACAUUGGAGCUCCCAACCCCUUUGAGUUUGAACGGCACGCGUCGACAUACAAACCCUUACCGCUGAACUCUGCUAGAGAACCGUCCAUAUAUGUUUCAGACGACUCGGAUUUUGCGCGUCUCGGCAGCAGUGUUGCGGACGCAGCGAGUGCUAGCAUGCCUAACUUGGUGCUAAAUGGGGGCAACGGUGAUAGUCUGGAUCAAAGGGAUCGCCCGGACUCAUACGAUGGUGCCAGUCAAUCAGGAGGGUUAUAUGAUAACGGGGACUACCUCGAUGCCGAUUAUCUCUCCAUGGCCGACCGUCGUACCCGCGAUCAGUACGGAGACUUGAGCGGACCGUACUCUGAUCAGCAACAGCUAGAUGAACAGCAAUAUCAGCAGUCACAGUACCGGCGACAGGAUCUAAGCCAGUCUUAUCAGGACGCAGAGAUUCCUCCGCUACCAGAACCACCCUCGGCUAGGGUCAUGCAGGGUGUUGGGAGUAGGCAGGAGGCCAGCGAUGAGUUGCGGAGGAUGCUGGCAAGCUUCCAAGAGCAUCUUAGUUUUACGAACGCGCACCUAUCCAGUCUUCCAGUCCGUCGAAAUGCGGCAGGCAGACUGGAGCCCCCGGUUGUGGAAUAA